UCACCACUCCACGGCCUGGCCUGGUAACACCCCCUCUCAAGUAAAAUAACAAUUCAGGCGUGAUUUAAUUCAGCAAAUAUUCAGGUCACAUGAUCUGGUAUGACUCAUAUUUUGCAUGCCGAUUGUGAAAAUGGCAAACUAUAGCGAGUAUUGGAAACAAGUACGAAAGCUACCUGUUUGUUGUUCUCCUGCAUGAGCAGCGCUCAGAGAGUGAUUUUGUGCCGUCGGAUUGCCCAUCAGCUCAGGCGUGGUUAUUCAUGAUAACAUGGACAUCUUCGCCUUGGACUGGAAUAUUACUGCAUGGGAGACAGAAGUAAAUGACACUUGUCUCAACCCAAGAUUUCAAACCUCAGACUGGGUCACAAUUUCUCUGCCUAUUGCUUUGGUCAUUAUCAUUUUCUUCUCGUUUUUGCAACCACGUAAGAAGUUGGCUCUCGGAUGCUUGUACAGCAGGCCGGGAAUUGUUUAUCCUGUUGAUGUGCUGGAUACCUACACAGAGAGGACCACAUUUGCCCUGGCUUUCUGUGUGUGUUGUAUCAGCAUCUUAGAUCUUUUUGUGGGCAACUUCUACUUCAGUGUUGAUACGACACAUCUGCCAAGUAUGGUACGAGGUGCUGUAUCGACCCUGCUCGGCUUUGUGAAUGUCCUCAUCGUUGGAGUUGUCCACUACCCUCUCUUGCUCUGCCUUACUGUGCGGCGCAAACUCUAUGGCAACAUUGUAGGACUAUUAUAUUCAUCCUUUUGGAGUUUCUUUUACUACAUUGGAUUUGUGGAUUGUGUGAGAGGGGGAAAGUGGUUGUCACCACAAAACAUUGUCCGGAACCUGGCUAUCUUCCCGAUAGAUCUCUGCUAUAUUUACCUCAAUUUUAGAUUUCUCUUCGGUAUCAUCUACUACCUUGGGGUUUGCAAGAAUACCUGCAGGAAAUAUCAUGAAAGUAACAUAAAUAAUGAGACCAUGAUGCAGGAUGUAAAAUUUGAGAAGACUCAUUUUUACAGGAGAGUUACCUUUCUUCUCCAGCCGUCUAACAAGUGGAAAAGCUCCCACCCAUCACCAUCCCGCUUCAUGCUGCUUGUGAGGAAACUGUAUCCUUCAUAUCCAGGUUUCAAGUAUUCCAGACGCAUUGUCUGCACCAUCACUCUGAGUUUGCUCUGCUUGUAUGAGUUUGGCUUGCUGUACACCAUAGUAUUCUCAUCGUUUAUGGCGGAACUGAAAGAUGCCUUUGUGUUGCCUGAAAAUAGCCCCCUCUUUCUUGCCAUAGACGCCGCAAAUGUAUCCUCUGUCUACUUCAACUCGAGGGAUUUCAUAGUGACAUUAGCAGAUACCUUGAUGCCUACAUCUUUAAUAUGUUUGAUUUUCAUGGCAGCAUCAACCAUUCAUGUCCUCAUAAAUUAUAGGAAUAAUACAGUGAGGAUGUGGGGAGGAGACAGGUCUUCUUUCCCAGUUCAAGCAUAUUCAUAUUCCUCAAAAGUGGUUGCAAAUCUGACUUACUCUGGAUAUCAAAUAGCAUAUUGCAUAUGGGGAUUCAUCGUACUCCAUCUCGUCUUAUGGGUGGUGGUGGUGGUCGUCUGGUACUUCAUCCUUGGUCCCUUAAUCAACAAUGUUAGACGGGAUAAUGUCAUUCUUCAACUCCUUCGUGAUUAUUGGCUGGGUCUUGUGAUCACUUACAUUAUUUACUACAGCCAAAUCUUGGCCUCAAGACUUUUCUUCUUGCAGAAAUAUGGCAAAAACUUUGGCAUCAAUAACAGGCGUUCGUACCACAACAUGGUUUACUUCACACUUUUUCUCAACGUCCUUGUCGGAUUUGUGUCAUGCCUCCUACGUGUCCUCAAGGCUCUUUUAUUUGGUAUCUUUCUGGUUGGACGUGUUGACUACUGCCUCAUGUACCCUGGUCUUGAGUUCUUUGAUAAAGGUUACAGGGCUUAUGUGGGAUUCUUAGAGCUUGAGGUCAUUCAUACUCAUCCUGUCAUCGUGACCUUCUGCCAUUGUCUCUGGCAAGUCGCUCGGACGGAGAGUGACCGCAGAUCUGCCCUGGAAAAGACUGAGGAUGAGCAUCAGGUAUUGGAAAGGAGACGUAGGAAGGUGGUACGGAACAAGUGGCAGCUGGGUUAUACCCUCGUGAGGAAUCCCAUCCUUCUUCGUGACAGACUGUCGAACCUCAUCGGGAUUCAGGGAGAGAGGGAGACUGGCAUCGGGAACGGGGGAUUCACCAUUGAGAUGGACAGUGUAGAGGGGACCACAAAUCCACUUUGUUCCUCAGAAGAAUAUCAAGCGCUUGAGAUGAAGCCAUCCAACAGAGGUAGAGGGCAGCACCGGAAAAUUCAAGAUCUAGUAGCCAUGAAGGCUGAAGAGUGCACUGGUGAAGCGAGGUCCCUGGAUUCCCAAGGCGAGGGUAUUACCCCACGGGACUAUUCAUCUACAGAAAGACACCAUGAAGAGCCUGAAGGCCAUGAUGAGAACGAUUUUUCAUCCUCUAGAAUUCAGGAGCCAUCUAUAGGGAAAGGAAUUUCAGCAGGUAAUAUCCACAUUGGACAAUGUUCACCAUGUACAGGACAUUGCAAUACACAGAGUAAUGUAAAAACGGGAAACGCAAAUCCUGAAGAGAAUAUUCAUGAUCCGUCCAGGGGUAUGGUAGAUGUAGGCCUAGAUGAGGGAUUUAGAACACUUGACAGUAACGACCCUGGUACAGACACUUUCUGGCAGGCUAACCCCAAUGUUCAUCAUCGGCCUGACCACUUGAACCAUAUUGAGGCAAUAGAACUGCCUGUGGAUGAUUGUGUUCAAAACCCUGAAUCAAACAAGAAUAAAGGCUUGAAGAGUUCAGGGUGUAGAGGCCAGUUGGAUGAAUCUGAUGGAGAUGAAGAUAGAGAGGGUGAUUUCCUGGAGAGCAGUCAGAUCAGUGUCUUCAGCAACCAAAGCUUUGAGGACCUCCUCGAGACCAGCCUCGAUCCCGACCACAUUGCGGACUGCAUAGAACAAGGCGUUGACCUCGUCAGCUACGUCGAGGAAGAGAUGUGGAAGAACUUGCUUCAUGAAGGCAGCUCAACCCUCAAGAGAGUGAAGCAGGAGGAGCAAAAGACACACCACCCAGUGGUAGAGGAAAAGAAUGGAGAGGUCCCGAAAAAGGACAGCACUGCUGAGAUAAGCGAAAGAAGUACCAAACAUCUUGAGGAGUAAAGAACCCUCAAGGUUGGGAAGAAUAAAAAUAUAGACAUCACUGGUAAGGACAGCAUGCAGGGGUUGAGUGAUGAAGGCACAGCAAAGCAGGAGGAGCAGAGGACACAUAAUGUGGAAGAGGAAAACAAUAUCAAGGACCCCGGUAAGUACAGCACUGCUGAGGUGAACAAUACAGGUACCAAGAAGGGACCUUGUGGUAAAGAUGUUGGUAGUAUCGAAGUGAUGAUAUUGAAGGAUGAUGAAACAGACUGAAAAUUCUUGGCUAUGAGAUUAGGUGAAGGUGUCACAUUAAUUUUUGAGAAAAACAAAAUGAAUUGUUUAUAAUUGAAUCAAAAUGAUACGUGUAAAUGUUAUGUAUUAAAUUCCACAAGCGGCUUAAUUAGAUGGAAUCGUGUACAAAGUAAAAGCAAUACAAUUUUCAACUGGUGUUUGAGGUAGCUGUAACAUCAUUUACAUGUAAAUUGAUGCCUUUCCAUAUCUCAGCUAUGAAUCAUGUACUCAAUUUUGUACACACUACAUGUACUUCUUUCAUAAAUGUAAUGCUUCCUGGGAGAAAUUCAAUUGUUUUAAACACAUUUUUGGCUUACAACCAGUAAAUACAGAUCACAUGCUCUAUCUAUAAUUAAAAACAAAUCUGACGUGAUGUUUAUUCACUGGGUGUAAGCCAAGAAUGUGUAAACAUUUACUUCCUUUUUGAAAGUGCAAUUCUUUUCCUGCCCCUUUUUACCUUUCUACUACAAAUGUUAGAAGUAAGAAUAACAACUGCGUGUGUUUUAGCAUGGUACGGUUCUAAAUGUUUACAUACGUUUAGGUUGUUAUACAACAUAUGUGUUAAGGAUGAAUGCUGAAUAGUUGUGUAAUAAUUUUUUUGUUAAAGAUCACCUUGUAUUCAUGUAUUCAUGGUUCAGAGAAAGAAGCAACGGCCCAUUUCUCGACACCGUCAAAAGUCUAACAUCUUGGACAUCUCAUAGAAUCGUGUGUUAUAGAAUUCACACACAUUUCUAUGGGAUGGUUACGAAUUUAGGCCUAUGGAGGUUUCAAGAAAUUGGCCCCAGGCUGAAGCACCUUUUUCUGAAAUAAAUGAACAUUUUGGUUCAUAUGAAAAGUUUAAAUUUAAGACAAAUAUUUUUAUGUUAACGAUUUACUAUUCUCCGCUUGUCUUUCAUUCACUUCAAAGAACAACUUCAACUUGUGUACUAGAUGAUAUUUUUCUACUAUAUAUCUGAAUAUCUUUACUGUCAUGUCUUUCAUUUUUUAAACGUUCAAAAUCUGCUGAAAAAUAUGAUAAGGCAUACAUGUAUUUAAAAGU